CUCGAUGUCUUUGGCGUUUGGACUUUAGCGUCGUCAUUUUAAGUUGAGCCAAGCGACGAGACGCCACAAGAUUUCCGGUCACAAUUUUAUUACUCCAAUAACGAGCCCCGAAUCAUUACAAAUAUAAAUAUAAAUUUUUAAGGUAAGAGUUGAUGAUACGUUUUUGAGAACAUUCAACGUGUGUGGAUUAGCCGAUGUAUUGAUUGUGACGAUCUGGUUGAAGAUACAGAGCCGAAAAUGAGCCUGGAGUUGGACAAGUUGUCGCUGGAAGAGGUGCUGGAUAAGGACCUCGCUCCGGAGCAUAGGUCUUUCGUCAACAGGCUCCUCUACGGUCGUGAAUUGGAGAAACUCGAUAUACCAACGUUGGACGGCGAUGGCACAAGUUGUGAAGUUGCAGGCUGGAAAGUAGGCGGUUCUCGAGCGGAGCAACUUCGCCCCCCGCGAAUCGUUCGAGUCGGUCUGAUCCAAAACUCAAUCGUCCUGCCAACAGAUGCGCCGAUCAAGGAGCAGCGCGAUGCCAUAUACAAAAAGAUCACCAAAUACAUCGAUCACGCAGCCAAGUGUGACGUCAACAUCGUUUGUCUUCAGGAAGCUUGGACGAUGCCCUUUGCCUUCUGUACUCGUGAAAAGUACCCCUGGAACGAGUUCGCGGAGGAGGCAGUAACGGGCCCGACGACCGAGUUGCUGUCGUCACUUGCCCUCAAGCACGGUAUGGUCAUAAUAUCGCCGAUCCUCGAGCGCGACGGGAUCCACGGCGAGACAGUAUGGAACACGGUUGUGGUGAUCGGUAGCGACGGUCGAGUGAUCGGCAAGCACCGUAAAAAUCACAUACCCCGGGUAGGUGACUUCAACGAGUCAACCUAUUACAUGGAAGGAAAUACCGGCCAUCCGGUCUUCGACACUCCGUACGGGAAGAUCGGUAUUAAUAUUUGCUACGGGCGUCAUCACCCGUUGAAUUGGCUCAUGUUCGGUAUCAACGGAGCCGAAAUCGUGUUCAACCCGUCGGCUACGGUAGGCAAAUUGUCGGAACCACUGUGGCCGAUAGAAGCGCGCAACGCGGCAAUUGCCAACAGCUACUACACUUGUGCGAUCAAUCGAGUUGGGACGGAGAUUUUCCCCAAUGCUUUUACAUCCGGGGAUGGCAAUCCAGCGCACAAGGAGUUUGGACAGUUUUACGGCAGCUCUUAUGUGGCUGCUCCAGAUGGUGCGAGAACGCGAGGCCUCAAUCGUCACAUGGACGGUUUACUCGUGGCCGAGUUGGAUCUUAAUCUUUGCAGACAGACAAAAGACUCCUGGGGAUUCAGGAUGACUCAGAGACUUGACAUGUACGCCGAAAAAUUAACGCAAGCUGCGCAGCCUGAUUUCCAGCCGCAAGUUGUGAAAAAGUAGACAGUGCGCCCAUAUUUGUAUCUAAAAAUGGAAAGUUCAAAUGAAAAAUUAU